CUUAGCUGACCUAGUUUCAACGCGUUUGCUCCAAAUCGAUUCUUGACUACAUUAAGUACGGAUACGAGUGAAAGAUUACACCUGCAUUGAAAAGCAAACAAUGGCUGACUUCCACGUGUCCUUCCACAUCGCCAUGGUGAUUGCGGCGGUGCUAGGUGAGCUGGUGAGCUUCAUGUUCUUCAACGGGCACAGCGCCUGGGGGCGCCGUAUCGGAGACCGCUACCUCAUCACCGCCUUCGUCUGCCAGGCCGUUCUAGUUGUCAUACUCAAGUGGAUCAUUGAUCAUUACUUUAGCGUCCAUGGCUGGAAAGACAGCGCAAUCUUGGCCCUGUGGUUGGCCGCCAUUUACGCCACCCUUGAGGCGCCACACGUUGUUCAUGACCACCACAGCCUCUCCUACUUCUUUGCGCAUGCGCUGCACAAGUUUGCUGUCCUGUUUGUCAUGAUAUUUUCUCUACACCAUUUUAGAAACUACUAAUGUUUUAAACGCAUUUGAGAAAGUUGAUUGUACUGUAUCAAUCUUACCUCAUUAGGCAUUGCACUAGGCUUUGUUUUGUAAUGACAGACAUAAAGCAUUUGAUUUCUUACUCCUUUCAUUUUGAUUGUGAUUGGCGAACCAAAUCACUUUAACGAAAUUAAUGCUGUAUAUUUUUUGACAUCGUCAAUUUAUGUAUUUGUGUAUGUUCUUUUAAUUCGUUUUUUUUACGUUGACUCAUAAUUUUCUUGUCUAUGUAAUGAACAGUGUUCCGAAAAGUUUUGUAAUAAAACAUUGAAACAUACAAUUU